AGAUGUACAACUGAUAUUGGUAAACACAAUAUCAUCACCAUGGGGUACCAUUCUCACUCUGCGUGUAUGUUAGUGGCCGUCACUAUCGUCAUUGGUUGCUUCACAAAGUCAGCAUUUGCUCAGUGCAGUACCACCCAGGUUAAUGAAACUACUUUUUGUGCAAAUGUUAACAGCACUUUAAUUAAUUCCUCCCUGGCAACUGGAGACCUCUCCAAUGGGCUGUGCAAUUACAGCAUUGCCGAAUAUGCCUGCUCUUCAGCGGUCAACAUAAAUGAAAGCAGGCUUGCUGACCUGUUAAAAUGCAUAGCUAACAACAAUGUGAACGUCACAAAAGAAGCUGUGAAGCUGUUCUUUAUCAAAGUAUCUGGAAUACUGAAUGGAGCUUUGAGUGCCUAUGCUAACGAGACCACUACCCCCAGUCCGUCUAAGGCUCUCAUCCUUGAUGUACUGGGAGAGUUAAGCGUUAACAGUUUCAGCACUGAAAACUUAACCAACGUGGAUCUCAUCAAGCAGUGGUUCCUAACAGGAUUCAAACCAUUCCUGGCAUCUGCAUCUGUGGAUUUCUUAUCAUGCUUAAGCACCAAAAACUUCAGCUGUGAGACAUACCAGGCCGUAGUAACAGGGCUAAAUAACAUAUUUUCAGUUAUGGACAACAGAGGGCAGAAAUGGGGAUACACAUUUUUUAUGAAGCCCUUCUUAUCAAGAUUUAACGCAUCAGGAUCCUCCUGCUCUUCCAAUAUCACCAACAGCCGAGACUGGCUUCAGAAGAACUUCGGGCAGUUUGUUGUCUUUGCCGAGUACAGAGAUUUGGUUAAUUUGAACAGCAACUUCAGUGGGCUGGAAGCACUGGAUCUGCUUACCCCAGUACAGAUAGCAGACCUGACUCUGGACCCCAAAGUCGGUGCUCUGAACAAUGUGGAGAUGAUCAAUAAAAUCUUUGAUGGACUGCAGAACCGUUCACUUUACGACUUCUUCACACGUUUUGCCAAUAUUACAAUGCAGAAUAACGUGACAGUCAUCAACAACACUGAUGUGAGAACGGCCAUGCUGAACCGCACAUUUGCCGCCCUGAGUCCUGCAUUCCCCACCUUCAAUAGUACCGUCUGGGAAGAUUGGUUCCAAGUCAAACUAGUUCUACUGCUGCCCAGUAUCAAUCCUGGCACUCUGGAAACUAUACCAAACAACAUCUCCUGUGACUCCUACCAAGCAAUAGUAACAGGGCUAAAUAACAUAUUUUCAGUUAUGGACAACAGAGGGCAGAAAUGGGGAUACACAUUUUUUAUGAAGCCCUUCUUAUCAAGAUUUAACGCAUCAGGAUCCUCCUGCUCUUCCAAUAUCACCAACAGCCGAGACUGGCUUCAGAAGAACUUCGGGCAGUUUGUUGUCUUUGCCGAGUACAGAGAUUUGGUUAAUUUGAACAGCAACUUCAGUGGGCUGGAAGCACUGGAUCUGCUUACCCCAGUACAGAUAGCAGACCUGACUCUGGACCCCAAAGUCGGUGCUCUGAACAAUGUGGAGAUGAUCAAUAAAAUCUUUGAUGGGCUGCAGAACCGUUCACUUUACGACUUCUUCACACGUUUUGCCAAUAUUACAAUGCAGAAUAACGUGACAGUCAUCAACAACACUGAUGUGAGAACGGCCAUGCUGAACCGCACCUUUGCCGCCCUGAGUCCUGCAUUGCCCACCUUCAGUAGUGCCAUGUGGAAAGACUGGUUCCAAACCAAACUAGUUCUGCUGCUGCCUAGUGUCAAUCCUGGCACUCUGGAAACUAUACCAAAAAACAUCACCUGUGACUCCUACCAAGCAAUUGUGGCAGGACUGAGCUCCAUCAGUGGCAUGAUUAAUACAACUGUGCAGCGUGAAGUCUUCAAAUAUAUUGUGAUGUCACUUAAAGGAUCCUCCUGCUCUUCCAAUAUCACCAACAGCCGAGACUGGAUUCAGAAGAACUUCGGGCAGUUUGUUGUCUUUGCCGAGUACAGAGAUUUGGUUAAUUUGAACAGCAACUUCAGUGGGCUGGAAGCACUGGAUCUGCUUACCCCAGUACAGAUAGCAGACCUGACUCUGGACCCCAAAGUCGGUGCUCUGAACAAUGUGGAGAUGAUCAAUAAAAUCUUUGAUGGGCUGCAGAACCGUUCACUUUACGACUUCUUCACACGUUUUGCCAAUAUUACAAUGCAGAAUAACGUGACAGUCAUCAACAACACUGAUGUGAGAACGGCCAUGCUGAACCGCACCUUUGCCGCCCUGAGUCCUGCAUUGCCCACCUUCAGUAGUGCCAUGUGGAAAGACUGGUUCCAAACCAAACUAGUUCUGCUGCUGCCUAGUGUCAAUCCUGGCACUCUGGAAACUAUACCAAAAAACAUCACCUGUGACUCCUACCAAGCAAUUGUGGCAGGAAUGAGCUCCAUCAGUGGCAUGAUUAAUACAACUGUGCAGCGUGAAGUCUUCAAAUAUAUUGUGAUGUCACUUAAAGGAUCCUCCUGCUCUUCCAAUAUCACCAACAGCCGAGACUGGCUUCAGAAGAACUUUGGGCAGUUUGUUGUCUUUGCCGAGUACAGAGAUUUGGUUAAUUUGAACAGCAACUUCAGUGGGCUGGAAGCACUGGAUCUGCUUACCCCAGUACAGAUAGCAGACCUGACUCUGGACCCCAAAGUCGGUGCUCUGAACAAUGUGGAGAUGAUCAAUAAAAUCUUUGAUGGGCUGCAGAACCGUUCACUUUACGACUUCUUCACACGUUUUGCCAAUAUUACAGUGCAGAAUAACGUGACAGUCAUCAACAACACUGAUGUGAGAACGGCCAUGCUGAACCGCACCUUUGCCGCCCUGAGUCCUGCAUUGCCCACCUUCAGUAGUGCCAUGUGGAAAGACUGGUUCCAAACCAAACUAGUUCUGCUGCUGCCUAGUGUCAAUCCUGGCACUCUGGAAACUAUACCAAAAAACAUCACCUGUGACUCCUACCAAGCAAUUGUGGCAGGACUGAGCUCCACCAGUGGCAUGAUUAAUACAACUGUGCAGCGUGAAGUCUUCAAAUAUAUUGUGAUGUCACUUAAAGGAUCCUCCUGCUCUUCCAAUAUCACCAACAGCCGAGACUGGAUUCAGAAGAACUUCGGGCAGUUUGUUGUCUUUGCCGAGUACAGAGAUUUGGUUAAUUUGAACAGCAACUUCAGUGGGCUGGAAGCACUGGAUCUGCUUACCCCAGUACAGAUAGCAGACCUGACUCUGGACCCCAAAGUCGGUGCUCUGAACAAUGUGGAGAUGAUCAAUAAAAUCUUUGAUGGGCUGCAGAACCGUUCACUUUACGACUUCUUCACACGUUUUGCCAAUAUUACAAUGCAGAAUAACGUGACAGUCAUCAACAACACUGAUGUGAGAACGGCCAUGCUGAACCGCACCUUUGCCGCCCUGAGUCCUGCAUUGCCCACCUUCAGUAGUGCCAUGUGGAAAGACUGGUUCCAAACCAAACUAGUUCUGCUGCUGCCUAGUGUCAAUCCUGGCACUCUGGAAACUAUACCAAAAAACAUCACCUGUGACUCCUACCAAGCAAUUGUGGCAGGACUGAGCUCCAUCAGUGGCAUGAUUAAUACAACUGUGCAGCGUGAAGUCUUCAAAUAUAUUGUGAUGUCACUUAAAGGAUCCUCCUGCUCUUCCAAUAUCACCAACAGCCGAGACUGGCUUCAGAAGAACUUCGGGCAGUUUGUUGUCUUUGCCGAGUACAGAGAUUUGGUUAAUUUGAACAGCAACUUCAGUGGGCUGGAAGCACUGGAUCUGCUUACCCCAGUACAGAUAGCAGACCUGACUCUGGACCCCAAAGUCGGUGCUCUGAACAAUGUGGAGAUGAUCAAUAAAAUCUUUGAUGGGCUGCAGAACCGUUCACUUUACGACUUCUUCACACGUUUUGCCAAUAUUACAGUGCAGAAUAACGUGACAGUCAUCAACAACACUGUUGUGAGAACGACCAUGCUGAACCGCACCUUUGCCGCCCUGAGUCCUGCAUUGCCCACCUUCAGUAGUGCCAUGUGGAAAGACUGGUUCCAAACCAAACUAGUUCUGCUGCUGCCUAGUGUCAAUCCUGGCACUCUGGAAACUAUACCAAAAAACAUCACCUGUGACUCCUACCAAGCAAUUGUGGCAGGACUGAGCUCCAUCAGUGGCAUGAUUAAUACAACUGUGCAGCGUGAAGUCUUCAAAUAUAUUGUGAUGUCACUUAAAGGAUCCUCCUGCUCUUCCAAUAUCACCAACAGCCGAGACUGGCUUCAGAAGAACUUCGGGCAGUUUGUUGUCUUUGCCGAGUACAGAGAUUUGGUUAAUUUGAACAGCAACUUCAGUGGGCUGGAAGCACUGGAUCUGCUUACCCCAGUACAGAUAGCAGACCUGACUCUGGACCCCAAAGUCGGUGCUCUGAACAAUGUGGAGAUGAUCAAUAAAAUCUUUGAUGGGCUGCAGAACCGUUCACUUUACGACUUCUUCACACGUUUUGCCAAUAUUACAGUGCAGAAUAACGUGACAGUCAUCAACAACACUGAUGUGAGAACGGCCAUGCUGAACCGCACCUUUGCCGCCCUGAGUCCUGCAUUGCCCACCUUCAGUAGUGCCAUGUGGAAAGACUGGUUCCAAACCAAACUAGUUCUGCUGCUGCCUAGUGUCAAUCCUGGCACUCUGGAAACUAUACCAAAAAACAUCACCUGUGACUCCUACCAAGCAAUUGUGGCAGGACUGAGCUCCAUCAGUGGCAUGAUUAAUACAACUGUGCAGCGUGAAGUCUUCAAAUAUAUUGUGAUGUCACUUAAAGAUCCAGCUCCACUACGCUGCUACACAAAUAACAGCUUCCUUGUGUACAUGAACGAUACCUUCCUCAACUUCAGAAGCUUCCUUACUCUAACCAGCAUCCUUUCAGUGGCUCCAGAAACACGUGCAGCAGAGCUGUUAAACACUGUAACACCCACUGAGCUGAGUGAAUUUCUCAGCGUGCCUGAACGCAUUGACAACUCCACCCUGCUCACUGAAGUUUUGAAAAACUACAGACAGUUACCUCUGUUCGUUGAUGGUUUUAAUGGGAGGACUUCGCAGUUGAACAUCUCUAAAGCCAUUAAAUCAUCCAUCCUGAGGGCUGUGUGGCCUACGGUUCUGAGCACUGAUAGUGAAGCUGAACUGGAUAAAUGGUUUACCAAAAGACUGAUCCCAUACCUGGAAGCUUUCGAUAAGAACCUCAUUACUUCCAGUGACACUCUGGCUGCCAAAUGCUUGCCGUUCAGGAAAAUGGUUCAGGUUCUUGGAAACAGCAGCAGCAAUUAUACAGACCUCGACAGGAAGGAUGUGUAUGGUACAAUUAAUUCAUAUCUUUCAACAGGCACAAAGCCGAAGUGUUUUAAUGCUACAGACCCAACUCUGAAUUCAACUGCUUGGUUUGCUAAUUACCUCGGACCAUUCAUUACCUUCAGCAACAAAAGUGACAUCAAUUUAUUUGGUUCGACAGAACAACUUAAGAUCUUUGCGGAUAACCCUGACAAUCUGAAGCUCAUGAACAAUGAACUCAUCCCUCAGGAUGUCCGUGCUCUCUAUAGCUCAUUGGUGUUUGCUCAAAAUGCAGCAUUCAAUAUUUCAGAGCUUCCUGAUCCACUCUUUUGUGUUGCCCCGGACACUGGAUACUCUUCUGUGAAAUCAGCUGAGCUGCAAGCUUUGACAGCGAGGUUGCUAAAAGCCUGUAACAAGACUAUAAAUCCUGUGAUUAUUUCAGGUGUGGUCGGAAAAAUUGAAAAUGUUUCUGCAGAAGACUUAACAGCCCUAGGAAAUCAAAGUGGCCAACUUUCACAAGGACAGAUUGAUCAGAUUCAGCCUGGAGUUGUUAUACAAACUCUUAACAUCCUGAAUACAGUCAAGUGGAACCAAGGACAGGCCAAUCGCCUGGUUAAAAAGCUGUUCGGAAAUGGGUACAAGCUUGACAGUGUAAAUUCGCUUACAUCUCUGGGAACCCUGGUCCAAGGCCUGCCUUCUACCACAGUUGAGAGUGUUAGCACUGAAGUCGCUGUCAACGUAGCAAAGGAUCCAGCUUUUGUUCAGAACAUCAUUAAAGGACCAGAAGUUGUUCAACAGAUAUUUGUUAACAAGAUAAUUACUGUGAGCAAUGAUCCCAGCACCAUUUUGCAAAAUAUUCCUAAUGAAAUGGCAGGUCUAAUUCCAUUGCGUUUAUUGACUUUCUCUGGAUCCACGUUUAAUCUUGAACAAAUCAAAAAUAAACAAUGGAAAAAGGAACAGGCUUUGCUGUUUUUUGACAAACUAGCAUCCAGCACCACCAUUUAUGCUGAUCUUUCCUCAUCUGUACUGCAAGGAUUCAGCAGCAGUGCCAUGCAAAACAUUCCAAACAACAACAUCGUCAACAUUAUCAAAGCUUGUAAGGGUAAAAAGGUACCCCUAGUGGAGGACCAGCUGUCCUCCAUGGCUUAUCAUGUCACUGCAAAUGCUUCACCACAGGACUUCACCAGCUAUCCUGUAGACAUGCUACUCUAUUACCCCUACAGUAAAGUUCAGCCAGCAAACUGCCAAUCAUACUUGACAGCAACUGGUGGUGCAAACUUCAACGUUUUAUCCAACGCAAAUAAACAAAAUGCCCUCAUAGACUCUGCUAAAAACUGUCUGGGUAUAACAGGCACCAGGCUCAGCAGUGAAAAUUUAAAUGUGCUCAACAAUAUGGUUUGUAUCCUGAAUGGAAGCUACAUUGAAAACUCGGACAAUCUAAUCUUGGAAAAACUCAAGAAGUGCGAACAGCUCACUGGUGAACAAAUUGCAUCUGUUCAGAAAGUCCUUUUCAGCGGCACUACAAAGUAUGGAAACCCUUCAACUUGGACACAGCAGACUCUCAAAGACCUUGAAGAAUUGCCAUUGUUCCUAACAAGCGAGUUUUGGUCCAAGUUCAAUAAGGAUGACAGAAAAAGCUUCCUCAAAGACUUCCUCAAAGACCAGAAAAUAAGCCUAAAAAAAGAACUUUUUAGACAACUAGGUCUGGCAAGAAGAGCAAGACGUGCAGCUGGAUGCACUGUUGGAGAAAUAACAACAGCCACGAUCAAUGAAGUUACUUUCCCAAUUGAUUAUGAUGAGACACAGUUCAGCUUGUGUUUAGCCAGCAACACUGUGAAGAACAACCUGGCUCUCUUGACUGGAAAAGUUUUGGUUGAAAAUCAUCAGACUAUCCUUUUGCAAAAAUUAAAUGAGGCAUACAACAACAACAUUCCUGAGGAUCAACUUCAAUUGCUUGGUGCCACUUCACGAGUGGCCACUUUAUCUGACAUCAAUUCAUGGACCAUCACUACAAUUGAUACUCUGUCAGCUUUGAUGAAAUCUGAGGACGGGGGAUGGGCUGCUAAUAAGAGUGCAGCUAUAAUUACAAAAUAUUUAGGUGCUGGCAAAACCUUGGAUGCUGUAGCACUGAAAGCUAUUGGCGGUGAAAACCUGUGCUCUCUUAGUGUGAGCCAACUGAAAAACAUUACAGCACCUAACCUGAGAGAUGCAGGGGCUUUGGACAUUUCUUCAUGCACUCCUGAGAAAAAGAAAGAACUGUACAAUACAGCUUCUGCAGCUUUGAUCAGCCAAAGGAGUGAUGUGCUGACGUACUACAACCUCAUCAAGCCCUAUCUAGGUGGUGCUCCCCUGAAUGAAAUACAGAGAAUUAGUACACAGAACAUUAACAUGGACUGGACAACUUUCAUGAGCCUUGACAAAGAUGUUAUCAUGAAACUCACCCCUAAUGAGGUUAAAACCAUUCUCGGCACCAACUUGGGAGAACUUAAAAACAGACUACAGGAUCCAACAAUAAAGGCAUGGUCAUUGCUUCAGCAACAGUCAGCACUUAACAAUCUUGGGAUAACUGGGUUAACUGGAAAACCAGACCCUGUUCCAGGUGGCAUCAUAACAGCUCUGAAACCAGUGGGAGCAGGAGCGAACCUGAUCGUACCUCGCCUGCUACAGACGCUCUUCAUUGGUGUGCUGAUAGCUGCAUUGCAAAAAGUCCUGUAACUUGACAGUGUUGAUUAAAGUAUACAUGUAAAAAAAAAAUAAUAAUAAUAACACUGCCAAUGUUAGAACAAUGUGAGAGGAAGGUGGUUUAAUGCAGUGAAAUUG